AUGUUGCGCAACGCGUCCAAAGGAGCUCUCCGGAAGGGGGUUACGGAACUGUCAAAAUACCCCAAGCCAGGAGACAAAAUUCAUGGCUUUACUCUCCUCCGCUCCAAGCAUGUGCCCGAGUUAGAGUUGACGGCCCUGCAUCUACAACACGACAAGACCGGCGCAGACUACCUACAUGUAGCCCGAGAAGACAAGAACAAUGUGUUUUCCAUCGGAUUCAAGACGAACCCGCCAGAUGACACAGGCGUGCCCCAUAUCCUCGAGCAUACAACGUUAUGUGGAAGCGAAAAGUAUCCUAUACGGGACCCAUUCUUCAAGAUGUUGCCACGAACGCUCUCGAAUUUCAUGAAUGCCUUCACUGCGUCUGACCACACCUUCUACCCAUUUGCCACUACAAACGAGCAGGAUUUCAAGAACUUGAUGUCCGUUUAUCUCGAUGCGACAUUACACCCGCUACUCAAGCAAAGCGAUUUUACGCAAGAAGGAUGGAGGAUUGGACCUGAAAAUCCCACGGUUGCUGCGGCUGGUGAUUCUGCUAAGGCAGUUGAUUCGAAGCUUGUAUUCAAAGGCGUGGUGUAUAAUGAGAUGAAGGGACAGAUGUCAGACGCUGGGUACCUAUAUUAUAUAAAGUUCCAGGACCACAUCUUCCCGGCGAUCAACAAUUCUGGAGGGGAUCCCCAGAAGAUCACAGAUUUGACAUAUGAGCAACUGAAGAAAUUCCACGCUGAGCACUACCACCCCAGCAAUGCCAAGGUCUUCACUUAUGGCGAUAUGCCUCUUGAGGAUCAUCUAAAGGAUGUUAAUACUCAACUGAGUGCUUUCACUCGGAUCCAAGGGGAUCUGGACAUUCGGCGGCCUAUUGAUCUUAGUGGUGGGCCCCAGUAUGUGAAGGUGCCUGGACCAAUCGAUCCGCUGAUGGAUAAGGAAAUGCAAUAUAAAACUUCAACUUCAUGGUUGAUGGGGGAUACAACCAAUAUUCUCGAGACAUUUUCGCUUGGCCUGUUGUCGGCGUUGCUCAUGGACGGAUAUGGUUCCCCAUUAUAUCGAAAUUUGAUUGAGGCCGGCCUAGGGACUGAGUGGAGUCCAAACAGCGGUUUCGACAAUUCUGGGCGAAUCGGGAUGUUCUCUAUUGGGCUUACUGGCGUCAAAGAAGCCGAUGUGCCAAAAGUUAAGGCGGCCAUUCACAAAACCUUCCAAGUCGCUCAUAGCAAUGGAUUUGACCGGUCCAAAAUCGAUGGCUACCUUCAUCAGCUGGAGCUUAGCCUGAAGCAUAAGACUGCUAAUUUUGGCAUGACUCUAAUGCACAGGGUCAAGCCUCAUUGGUUUGAGGGGGUUGACCCGUUUGAGUCUCUGGCUUGGAAUGACACUGUCGCGGCAUUCGAGGCAGAGCUAGCGAAAGGAGGAUACUUGGAGGGAUUGUUGGAGAAAUAUCUCUUAAACGACAAUACCCUUACGUUUACAAUGACCCCGUCAGCGACCUAUGCGGAUGAGCUUGUUCAGGAAGAGGCUAGUCGACUUGCCACCAAGAUUGCAAAGGUUACGAAAGAGGCGGGAGGCGAAGCUGAAGCUCGUGCGCAGUUGGAGAAGCAGGAGCUCGAGCUUCUAGUAGAGCAGGGAAAAUCCAACACCCAAGAUCUUUCUUGCUUGCCAACAGUCUAUGUGAAGGAUAUUCCUCGGCAAAAGGAGGUCGUUGAAGUACGGGAUUCGAAAAUCGAUAACGUUAAUGUUCAGUGGCGGGAAGCGCCGACCAAUGGCCUAACUUAUUUUCGGGCUGUCAAUACCUUCGAGAAUCUGCCAGAGGAGCUUAGAAGCCUUAUCCCACUAUUUACGGACUGCAUAAUGCGUUUGGGCACGAAAGACAUGGCUAUGGAGCAGCUAGAGGAUCUCAUCAAACUAAAGACUGGCGGUGUUGGUGCGGGAUAUUAUAUUUCUCCGUCUCCUUUCGAUUUCAAGUCAUCAUCAGAGGGUAUGAGCUUCUCGGGAACAGCACUCGAUCGCAACGUCCCCGAUAUGUUUCAGUUAUUGCGGAAACUGGUUCUCGAGACAGAUUUUGAUAGUGCCGAGGCUCAACUUCGAAUCAGGCAGCUCCUACAAGGCUCAGCUGAUGGUGCGGUCAACAAUAUUGCAUCAUCUGGUCACGUCUAUGCCAGGGCCGCCGCCGAGUCAGGGCUAUCAGAUUGUGGUCGAUUAAAAGAGCAGGUCAGCGGACUUUCACAAGUCAAACUCGUCACAUCUUUAGCAUCCAGGCCCGAAGCGGAAGGUUUAUCGGAUGUCGUUGAAAAGCUCAAAGCUAUUCAGAACCUUGCCUUUUCUGGAACUAACACCUUCCGAGCCGCUUUCACUUGCGGGACUGAAAGCGUUGGGCAGAAUGAAGUAUUACUUCAAAAAUUCCUAUCAUCUCUGCCUGGUGGCCAAUCCUCUCCUCCGAUGGUCCCAACACUGGACCUCUCGCGGAAUGCUAAGACUUUCUUCCCGUUACCGUACCAAGUGUACUAUGGCGCCUUGGCUCUACCUACGGUCUCCUAUACAUCUCCAGCCGGUGCUCCCCUUCAAAUACUGGCACAACUUCUAACUCACAAACACUUGCACCAUGAGAUCCGCGAAAAAGGGGGUGCAUACGGCGGUGGCGCGUAUUCCAAAGGAAUCAAUGGUGUGUUCGGCUUCUAUUCGUACCGCGAUCCUAACCCGCAGAAUACCAUGUCCAUUAUGCGCAAUGCUGGUCAAUGGGCGGUUGAAAAACAAUGGACGGGACAAGACCUUGAGGAGGCCAAAUUAUCUGUUUUCCAAAGCGUUGAUGCGCCUCAGUCUGUGAGCGAUGAAGGCAUGACACGCUUCUUAUCUGGUGUCUCCGAUGAGAUGAUGCAGACGCGUCGGGAGCAGUUGCUAGAUGUGACCAAAGACCAGGUCCGAGAAGCUGCUCAAAAAUAUAUUGUUGAUGCGCUAGCCAAGAAAGAAGGAAACAUGGUUUUCCUAGGCGAGAAAAAGACCUGGGUAGAUGGUGAGUGGGAUAUUAGGGAACUAGGCAUGGCGUCCUUGCCCGAGCCGGAGACCCUAGGUGAGGAGGAUAUUAAACAAACAAUGUCGGGGUCGUGA